UACCGGAAUUUAUACCGGAAAUGUCGUACCGUCUUCCACACUUCGGAGAAACGACAGAUAAGCUCUCUCUGUUCUCUUGCCACACUUCCCAAUACAUGGAUCCAUUUUGACGUCAUCUUUAUCACUAUCUCUCUAUUAUAUAAAUCUCUUCGUACCCUUUUACCGAUUCUUCACCGUGAUCGCUUAAUCAGACCUCAAUUUCGUUGUUAAAGAACAAAGCUUUAAGCAGCCAUGGAUCCAAACCAACGUAUCGCGAGAAUCUCUGCUCAUCUCAAUCCUCCUAAUCUUCAUAAUCAGAUUGCUGACGGGUCAGGUUUGAAUCGGGUGGCUUGUCGGGCAAAAGGUGGAUCACCCGGAUUCAAAGUGGCGAUACUUGGAGCAGCUGGUGGAAUUGGACAACCUCUUGCGAUGUUGAUGAAGAUGAAUCCUUUGGUUUCGGUUCUUCAUCUCUAUGAUGUUGCUAAUGCUCCUGGUGUUACUGCUGAUAUUAGUCAUAUGGAUACUAGUGCCGUUGUUCGUGGAUUUCUCGGGCAGCCGCAGUUAGAGGAAGCACUUACGGGUAUGGAUUUAGUGAUCAUACCUGCUGGUGUUCCGAGGAAACCAGGGAUGACGAGGGAUGAUCUGUUUAACAUUAAUGCUGGGAUUGUGAGGACACUCUCUGAAGCUAUAGCUAAAUGUUGUCCUAAAGCAAUUGUGAAUAUAAUCAGUAAUCCGGUGAACUCCACGGUGCCAAUCGCAGCUGAGGUUUUCAAGAAAGCUGGAACCUUUGAUCCAAAGAAACUCAUGGGUGUCACUAUGCUUGAUGUUGUUAGAGCUAAUACCUUUGUGGCGGAAGUAAUGAGUCUUGAUCCCCGUGAAGUUGAAGUUCCGGUUGUUGGAGGACACGCAGGAGUUACGAUUUUACCACUGCUUUCGCAGGUGAAACCUCCUUGCUCGUUCACUCAAAAAGAGAUUGAAUAUCUCACAGACCGCAUCCAAAACGGUGGCACUGAAGUUGUUGAGGCUAAAGCUGGAGCAGGUUCUGCAACACUAUCCAUGGCAUAUGCAGCAGUGGAGUUUGCAGAUGCUUGCCUCAGGGGUCUACGAGGUGAUGCAAACAUCGUUGAGUGCGCAUAUGUGGCAUCCCAUGUGACUGAGCUUCCCUUCUUCGCAUCGAAGGUGCGUCUGGGACGAUGUGGGAUCGAUGAAGUGUACGGCCUUGGACCAUUGAACGAAUAUGAGAGGAUGGGAUUAGAGAAGGCAAAGAAAGAGCUUUCAGUAAGUAUUCAUAAAGGUGUUACCUUUGCGAAGAAAUAAAGAGACUCGAUCGUGAAUAAACACACUUAAGCGAUGGUUUUGGAAUAGUCAGAGUUUUGGAAUAAGAAUAAUGCCUCACAAUAAAAGCUCUUGCGGUCUUCUUGGAUCCAAUCUUAAAGGUUCAAGAAACUCAUCUCCUUUAGGUAAAAUCUUCGAUUGUUUUAUCGUUCCAUCGAACCACUUUGUUCUUAGAUACAAGAACGUUUAUGAUUUAUGUAGUUGGGCUAUAAAAGUGAGAACAGAGCAAUAAUCUUGCAACAUUUUUUCUCAUCUUCUUGGUGUGUUUUUUUUUUGUUGGUUUUCAUCUUUUUGUUCUUGCUCAUGAGAGCAUCUUUAGAAGGCUAUUGUUGGGAAGUAAAUAAGUUUGCAUCGCGGAAAAGAUGAUCAAGGUCAUUCGGGAUACCUCAUACCUGUCAUUUGAGUUCAUCUAAGUAACUUCUUACGCUUUUAGGCUAUCUACGGUUGUUCUUAGGAUUUAGGUGUUAGUGGUUAUGCUAUUACUGUACGAUGUUUUAAGAUGUUGGUUGAGAGUUUAAGAUCUCUUAGACUAAGAUGAUCUUGUGAGAUAUUUAUUAAGUUUACUUCAAGUGGGUUUGGAUAGUUAAAGAAGUAGUAGUUUAGGUAAACUACUUUCUAAGGUUUCUCUUCAAAUAUUUUUAUUUAUAUCAAAGCUUAAUAAGUGUCGUAUGCCGUACGUAAC